AUGAGUGACUCGUUUGCGGAUCUAUGGAACUCGACUGGUGUAUCUAAACCUGCGGAGGCACCUCGAAAGCUCGGCUCGUUGACUCCGGCCAUGGCUUCCUCUCGAGUUGCCCAGAACGAUGCAUUUUCUAUGCUGGCAUCCGCGGGCACGUCCUCUCCCGCAUCCCGCUCGCAUACCCCCUUCGCAGGACCGAUACAAUCGACCAGGUCGCUAGGUCUCAACGGAUCCACAUCUAACCUCAAUGCUCGCCAAGUGCAGAAAUCGGUCAGCUCCGGCGGCGAUGCUUUCAGUGGCCUCUUGUCGGGUUCACUCGCAUCGAGCUCGGCAAACGGUGCGAAGAUGACGAUAGCUGAACGGACAGCCCAGGCGGAGAAGGAGAGGAGAGAACAGCUGCUUCAGCAACAUGCGACCGCGAAGCAGCAGGCAGCCGCAUGGGCAGGACUCGAUUCAUUAGGAGGUUUGGGCACGGUCACCAACUCUUCAGCGCUGCAAUCUCAAGAUGACGACUGGGGUUUUGGAUUCAGUUCAUCGACAGCCUCUGCAACGACGGCGAAGCCUUCCACGGAGGAACAAGAUGACUGGGGUUUGGAAGAUUUUGUCUCGCAGCCAGCCGCGCGGAAGCCUGUUGGGACAAAGCCGGCUAGCUCAUUGUUGGAUUUUGAUGACCUCACAUCUGAACCAAUAGUAUCCUCCUCUCGUCGAUCUCCUGAACCUCCCAAAGCGCGCUCCGGUACGCCGGGGGAUUUCGAUUUUGGCGACCGUGAAGAUCGAUUGCUAGAUGACGAUUCGAAUGACGAGGAUGACAUCCUGGGCGAGCUCAGCAAACCUAUUCCCGAGCGAAGGCCAUCAGCUGGGCGCCCUGCUCGCACAUCGCCUCCGCGUUCUGAACAACGUAACCGUGCUAUAUCCCCGCCGCCACAUAUACUAGGGCAGAUAGUAGAGAUGGGAUUUUCAGUACAGCAAGCUCGUGUCGCUCUCGCCGCCACCGACACCGGUUUAGAUGUUCAGGCAGCAUUAGAAACGCUCCUUUCUAAUGGCGCUGCGUCUGGUUCUUCUCCACCUCAUGAUAGACCUCGGCAAAGACAACAAAGCGCCCGGGACCAUUACUACGAGUCAGACGAGGAGCGCGAUGCGCCGCAACGACCACGUACUCAUUCAGCCCCCUCUACUCGGCGCAGUGCAGUUACCAGACCACGCGAGGCGGCGCCCCGGGACGAACCUCGGGACGGACCCUCGCCUACUGGUGAGACCCAGCGAAAUCUCCAAGAGCAGGCGGACAAGCUGAUCGCUCAAGCGAGCGAGAUUGGACUCACCAUGUUCACUCGCGCGAAUGCGUUUUGGAAGGAGGGCAAAGAGAAGGUACAGCGUGUAUACGAAGAACGCAGUACCUCGCGCACAGGUGAAGGAUCAAGCAGGAAUGGCCGACCAAGGUGGAUGCAAGACGUCCCCGACGGAGCAAUUCCUGAUGCAGUCGGGCACGACGCCGAAGGCGGCGCAUUCCGGGACGAUGAUGAUGGCGAAGUGCUCCCGCCAUCCCGGCCUAUUGCUCGGAGCCGCCCAAAGCAGGCAGAGCUGGAGCCCCGACAGAAGGCGCCUGAGCGAGCGAAAACCGGGAAUCUGCUUUCUGACGAUCCACCUGCUGUGUAUACGUCGCCAUUCAGGCGGAAGACGCCCGCACGCAGUCAAAUUUCAGCUACAGCUCCUGCCCUCGCCCCAUCGCCGCCUCGUGCACCGUCCCCCAUCCGACUCGUCCAGAGGAAGACUGUACCUGCGACAUCCUCUGCCAUUGCUGCGUCAGCAAAGCACAAGGCUGCAGGGACGGAGAUGUUCAAACUUGGUCGGUACGCCGAAGCGGAGACGUCGUAUUCUGCUGCCAUUGCCGCUCUCCCCGAGUCGCACCUCCUGCUCGUCCCGCUAUACAACAACCGCGCGCUAGCGCGCAUCAAAACCGGUGAUCACAGUGGUGCAAUUGAAGACUGUGCAAUAGUCGUUUCGCUCAUUGGCCCAACAUACCAUCCUGCUCGAGAAGCGAAAGUGGCGAGGGAGGAAGAUGGUGCUGGUGUCGACCUUGCGGACGGACUCGUCAAGGCAUUGUGGCGUCGGGCGGAGGCUUAUGAAGGGAAGGAAAAGUGGGACGCUGCCCGACAAGACUGGGAGGCUGUUGCUGCUGCCGAGUGGGCAGGCAAGGCACGCAUGGAAGCUGUUCGCGGUGCGGGUCGAUGUCGGCGGAUGCUCAAUGCACCGAUAGACGGCGGUGGGCCCUCUGCUCCAUCUGCUGCUCCAUCUCGACCGGCUCGUGCAUCGAAGCCACGCCCAUUUAAGCCGACCGUGGUUGUAUCGAACGAGGCGCUCAAUCGGGUACGGGAGGCGAACCAAGCAGCGGAGGCGGAGGACCAGGCGCGGCAUGAACUGAAGGACAGUAUCGACGGUAGGCUUGCCGCAUGGAAGAAUGGAAAAGAGACAAAUAUACGCGCACUCAUCGCCAGCCUCGAUACUGUUUUAUGGCCGGAGCUGGGAUGGCAGAAGGUGGGGAUGCAUGAGCUGGUGACACCGAAUCAAGUCAAGAUUCGGUAUACAAAAGCAAUCGCGAAACUUCACCCCGACAAGUUGAACGUGAAUAAUACAACCCUAGAGCAGAGGAUGAUGGCCAACGGGGUGUUUGGUUCCUUAAACGAUGCUUGGAAUGCUUUUAAACAGUGA